AUGUUUUUAAAAUUAUACACCAUGAACUCCAAGGAUUUUCCUGAUUUAUUCGGUUCGAACGGAUUAUUCAAAGAUGAAUUGGAAAACUUUGACACGAAUCUAGAGGAGUUUCGUUCCUUUAAUAAAAAAUCUGAAGAAGUACGAGAAGAGAUGUCAAAGCUUAAAAAUGAAAUAAAAACUUGGAUGCAACGAAGGAGUCAAUUCACAUUAGCUCUCAAGAACAUAAAUGAAGUUUACCCUUCAGAAGUCCCUCCUGAGGACCAAAAAGAUGAUAAAACUUAUCAAGAAAGAUAUAAAAUAGCACAAACAUUUAUUUCCGAAUGGAAGGCUUGUGUAGAUAAAAUACAAGAUUUUCAGAAAACGUGUGAUGAAAUUGACGAGUUUUGGGGGGAGACCAUUCAGAAAAACAAAUAUGACAUGAACAAAACCCUCGAUCAGCUCGCAGGACUGAGUUUAUCAAAUAGUCGUUUUCGUUCUUUGACUUAUAACCUUUUUAAGCGUUUCAUACCGUCCACUAGUCAUAAAAAACGCCGAGGUUGUCUUUUCUCAGCAAGAUUAACCGCCCCAAUGUUUAAAUCAAUUAUUCGGGUGAAAAACCUUUUCAAUGAAAUUCAACUUAACAUGAACGGAUAUAGAGACGACGUUACUGCGACAAAUGAUAAAAUUGGGGAAUAUCGUGAGUCGGUUGAUGGAACCAUACUCCACAUUAAUAGGAUACGAAUGGCCAGGACUCCGGCCUAUAGUAACCAAGCACGACUGUGUUCUAUAUGUAAUAAACCAUACGUGUUUCUUAAAUGGUGUAAAUUUUGUGAUCGUGAACAAUUUCGGCAGCAGUUUUCCAGUUGGGAAAGUGGCAAUCCAGAGUUAGAUGAAGUCAUCCGCGGUUCUCAGCUUUCUAUUAAAUAUCCCAAUGGAUAUAUACUGUGGAUUCCCUAUGAAAGUUUUAUCAAUAUUACAUUUUUGGGCUGUGGUGCUUUUGCAAAAGUUUACAGGGCCGAUUGGGUUGAAGGACUUGGAACCUGGGAUUAUGCUCUCGGUAAGAGAGUUCAAUAUCGAAACACACCUGUAGCUUUGAAGGUACUCAAUAAUUCAAAAAACAUGAGAGAAAAUUUUCUUGAAGAGGUUAUUGCUUAUAUAAAGUCAUCAUCCAGUACCGUGCUUCGCUGUUAUGGUAUUUCAAAAGAUCCCGAGACAAGUGAUUAUAUAAUGGUUUUUCCAUAUGCUCACGGGGGUAAUUUAAGGAAAUAUAUGGAGAAAGAACUAGAUUGGGGUUGGUACAUUGUGAUUUGCAUCCGGGAAACCUUCUUCACUAUCGGAGAACUAUUACAAUAUCUGACCUAG